AUGUCGCCAUCAGAACAUGUCACAGAACAACCUCCAAGACCCUUGACAACACGUGGUCUCACUCUCAGAGUUAGCUAUAUAUGGGGGAAAUUUCGAAACGAGAUCUCUUCAGAGGACGCCAAUGGCCAUCUCACACUUCUCUACAACAUGGACUUCCGUCUCUUGAAGCCCCAGUUAUGCUUCGCGCGUGCAGUUGACAAAACACCGAUUGCCAAAGGCACGAUUCACAGUUUCUCCAUCAGCGCAGAAUGCGUGAUCCAUGACCGAAACCUGGUCCUGAAGCCACUGAAGCGAUGGAAGACACAAUAUAACUACCUCUCGCACGCCCUGAACGAUGUACCCAUUUCCUGGAUAGCCAACAGCAGUAUGAAGAUCUGGUAUUUCGUUUGCAUCAACUCUGUUACGCAAGAGCCCAUCGCAAAGUUUGCUGUCAAUUAUUGGGCGCUGAAAAACCUGGGUAACUUUUACUUUGAGAAGAGUGCGGGAGAAAUUCCCGAUAAUCUGAGGGACGAGGUUGUAGUGACUGGGCUGACAAUAUUGUACACUAUGGCGACGAGAAUCAACAAUCCCAUACAACUAAUCGGUGCGGUCUUUGCGAAACCGGGGAAGGUAGAAGGGGAAGAAGGUCGGCCGGAGCUGGAGUUGGAGGAUAGGGAACAGCGUGGAAAGGUGAAGACUACUUAA